ACAAAAAAAAUAUAUCAUUAUUUAAUUUAUUAUAAUAUAAUUUUGAAAAUAAGUAAAAGAAUCAUGUCUGGAGCAGAAUCAAGGGUAAAUGUUGUUUUAGAGGAAAUAGAAACAAAUUCAAUACCUGACACAAGUUUGAAAAUAACAACAGACAAUGCUGUAAUUAUGGUUGAAAAAGACAUCUACAAUGACCCAGGAGAGUGGAGAUAUUUCGGCUUUGCACUCGGACUUAUUGUUGUAGUAUUGGGAACAGCUGGCAACGGACUUACAGUGUGGGCUUACAAUAAUAACAGAAAUCUUCGAACUUCAUUUAAUGUUUUGAUAGCAAAUUUAUGUGUUGUGGAAUUAAUAUUUUCCCUCAUCAUCAUUCCAUUGCAACUACCAGGAUAUAUAAUAGAGGUUGCACCAUACUCAAAAGCAGUUUGUUCAACAAUUGGAUAUUUUUAUUACAGCUUAAUUGCAGCAUCAUUACAAAAUCUCGUCUGUAUUGCGAUCAACAGAUAUAUCGGUAUUGUGGACACAAAAAAAUAUCAAAAGUUAUUCACUGGAAAUCGUCUACGUCUCUGGGUAGCAAGUAUUUGGAUUUUACCAUUAUUGGUUUAUUUACCAAUUGUCAUAGGUGGUUCAAUUAAAUAUAGAGAAAACACACUCAGAUGUUCAAUAGGAGGAAGUGAUAGCAUGGCAAUAAGCAUAUACAACAUUAUCUUAAACAUCGUUUAUCAAGCUGGAGGAUUGUUAAUACUGAUUGGAUUAUAUUCAGCUAUUAUACAACGAGUCAGAAAAGUUCAAAAAAAAUUAAAAAUCCACAAAAAAGCAAGUUUCAAGGCAACUAACAAAAGUAAAUUAAAUGGAUCGCAGAGUAAACCAAGGAUCGAAAUUCAUACAACUCCUGUGACAACGAGUGGAGAUGAAGGAAUAGAUGAUUACAGACCUUCAAGUAUAAUAAGCGGUGGAUUCCAAUUCAGACCAGCAAAAGGAGCAAGACAUCAUGAUGCAGCAAGUGAUUCAGGACACGGAAGCGAUCAUGACGUAACGAGUAACGGUUUGCUUAGCAAACCUACUUCAGGGCACACAAACUCUCGUGCAUCUUACAUGACAGCUUCUGAUGAAGCAUCACCAAAACCACAAAAACGAAGGCAAUCUCUUUUUCAAGUUUUAUUUCGACCGAAAGUCAAAGACGAAAAAGAUACUCAAGGUCAAUUAAGGACACCUGAUUUUACAACUGAUGAUAUGCCUGGACAUUCACACGAAAGCCAAACACCAGGGUUCUCGAAUGAACCAACUUCACCGCUCCCAGAGACAGUUCAAGAAGCAGUUGCAGAAGCACAAGUUAUAUUACGAGGUAUGGAAGAUAAUAAAAAAGACAUAAGACGAAAAAAAUCGCUCAGUGCACCCACACUACCAUCACUUGAUGAAAUUAUGCAGACGUCACGAAAAAAUUCUGCUGCUAUUGCAAAAAACAUUCCAGAGAAAGUUACCGAAGUAAAUGAAAUCGUCAGCCCUGAUGUGUCCCCAAAACUUGUGCGAGGAUAUACAAUCGGCAGCAAAUACAUAAGACAUAAAAAUCAUGUCACAAAUGGUGGCAUAAAAGUGACAGCCGAACAGAUGAACUUGCUAACUCCAGCAGCAAUGAACCAACUCCGGGCAGUAGAUAAAGCUUUGUGCACAUCUAUGCCAACACUUGUUCCUAAUGUUGAAACUCCCCCACACACAAGGCAUGGGACAAUUGCGAGAAAAAUUAAAGAACACAGAAGUAAAGGAAAAAGUAAAUCAAGAAGUGAAAAAAGAAGACAAAAGGUAAAAGCUGCAAGACGUCGAAAUGCACGAGAGAGGCAACUUGUUUACAGCAGUCUUACUAUUUGUGUAGCAUUUGCAUUGUGUAUGCUUCCUUCAGCACUUUUAUAUACAUUUCAGACUCUACUUAAUCUCAAAGUAUCAGCUGCUGUUGUUCUCGUUGUUGGAUGCAUUUCAUGGGUGCAUGCUUUUGUAAAUCCUUUCAUUUACGGAUACAUGAAUCACUUAUACCGAAAAGAAUAUGGACAAAUAGCGAAAGAUAUGGAAAAAAAGCUUGCAUCUUGCUUCAAAUGAUUAAAAACAAAUCAUAAUUAAAGCAGCUUGAGGCUGCAGAAGAAAACCAAUGACCAACAACAGAGUUAAAGCAAGAUAGAAGCUAGUUUAAGUAAUGGACCGCAAAGUGAAAGCUUUACACUUUGGAAAGAUGUCUAAAAGCACAUUAGAACAAAAUUGAAUGGCAGAAAACAAGUCAAAAAAGUGGAAUCACAUUCGUGCCACACUUUCAACAAGAAUGGCCAUUACUAACUCUAUAACGAAGGGUAAAGAUGUCGUUCAGAUUUUGUAUAUUCUUCUCAUGAAAAACCCAAUCUACAAUCACACCACACUGAGAGAAAAUGCAGUCAUUCAAACUCUAUUACAAAUAUCAAUGAAAAUGAAGGCCCAAAACGGUACUCAAGAAUACGAAAGUACUGGAUCUAGAUUUUACAAUGACUGCUAUCUGCUAUAUACCGUCGAUUGGGCGACAUGCAAAAUAUCCAUAUGUAAAAGAUGGAUUGAAUACUUGGCUUAGCAAUCAAUGAAGCUAUGUAUUAUUAAACUGACUAACUGCCAACUCAGAAUAUUUAAAACUGACCUAAGAUGAGAAAUCAUUAAGAAUAUACGUUACAAAUCAAUAAUGAACUUUUUUGAUUUACAAUUCUUUAACAUGAAACAGUAAAAGCUAAAAGCCAUUACCAGCAAGAAUGAUAGCUGUCAAUAGUCUGGUUUUAUACCCCUAUAAAAUACCUGUGAAUACUAUUUCAUUUUAUUUCUUUGUUAAUUAUGCCUAUUAAAAUAAAACUAUGCAGCUUAUACUUUGCACAAAUACACAAUAUUGGGGCAUUGCAUUAAAAAGUUAGGGUAGAUUAUAAUCUUCUCAGAAUUGGAUUCUUUGCUUCAUAAAAAUGCACAAACAUAAAAUUUUGUGUGUGAAAACUCAAAAACCUUAAAACUUCCUUUGAGAAAGUUUAAACAAAAUAUUACAAUUGCAUUAAAACGUUCAACAACCAUUAUUUCUUUUUAUUUUAUAUUUUCAAGCAAUCAUGUUUUGAGAUUCUAUCUUUAUUUCUGUUUCCUCAUUCUCAUUUUUGAAUAAAAAAGAAGCUAAAACUUGAGUUUUAAUAGUAUAUUUGAAAACCACUAGUGAAAAGGAUUUCUUUUCUAGAAGAGCAAAUUCUGUACGCAAUCUACACAGACGAAGUAUCAAUAAGUCAAGGCGUUCUAAAACAGAGCUUCUAGCAAUAAUGCAAUCUGAAAGUUUGGGCUUACGAGUCUUAUAUAUCGAUUGGAAAAAAUCAAUGAUUUAGGUAUAACAAGAUUUAAAACGGCGCUAUUUUGACGUCAGUCCCGCCUAAUCUAAAUAUCUUGAUGAAUAAUAAAUAUUUGAUACAUUGUUAUGUCAUAGGAUGAAAAUGAAGAAAUUCCUCAAAGAUAGAACGUUGGUUUGAAGAAAAGCAGGAAAGUUUAUUAUUCGUAUUAGUAAUUUAUUUGUACUUUUGUGUGAUUAUUACACGAAUA